CGCCAAGUCUGAAAAACGCUUUCCGCGGCGGACGCUGCCCCAUGGGAUGCGGGUAAUCUUCCUGGACAUCGAUGGGGUGCUGGUUACUCGCCGUCCGUGUGUCAUGGAAGAGAGGCUUCUGCAGAACUUGGUUCGCGUGGUCAGGGAAACUGGAGCAAAGAUUGUCCUCUCCAGCGACUGGCGCCGGCACCCGGAGGCGCGGGCAGAGGCGCAGCACACGCUGAACAGCUUGGGCCUGGAGCUGAUCGGGUGCACUCCCUGCAAGAGCCCGUACUUGGCACAGAGACCUACGGAGAUCCUGGAAUGGAAAAGGGACUACAUGAGGAAUCCGGGAGCUGAGAAGUGGGAGAACUGGAUCGCCAUUGACGACCGGGAGCUGCUGUCGGAGCAGAACGGCCGCUUCCUGCGCGGGCACUUUGUUCAGACACACCCCUUGCGGGGUCUCACACCUGAAGCAGCGGACGCUUGCAUCGCCAUCCUGAAGCAGGACUCCAGCAAGGAGACUGCAGGUGCGACUCCGGGGGUCCCGCGAAGCAGCUCCUUCGAGGCCAACGUCAUCGUGACGCGGCCGGCAACCGGCGGGGAUGAGGAUCAGCUGGCGCUGAGGACGAUCCCCAGGGUCUCUGGCCGCAACGUGCCGGCCGCUUCGCACAUCUCCGCGGCCCAAGCCGCCCGGGCGAUCCGACUGCACGGCACCGCGCCUGCGCGGGCAGCAGGUCUUGGCCGGCCUCGGGGCCGCUCCAUGGGUGCUGUGACGACAGGCCGGCGCUGAGCGGUCCGAACGGAAUGGCCGAGUGGGUGCCAAUGCAUAUUUUGGGCCGAAAUCGGCCCGCGCUUCUUCACCAGCGCAU